AUGAUUGAUGUUGCAGGCCAGAGAAGUUUACGUAAGAAGUGGAUACAUUUUUUCACCGAAGUUACGGCUGUAUCUUUCUUUGUCUCUCUGACGGCGGUUGAUGAGAUUUUGGAAGAAGAUCCUACAAUGAACAGUUUACAAGACAGUCUGCAAGCUUUCAAUGAAGUCAGCCACAACCAGUUCCUGGAGAAGACUGACUUCAUUCUGUUCCUCAACAAGAAAGACUUAUUUGCCAACAAGCUGAAGUCCACUUCAUUAUCUGUUUGUUUCCCUGAGUAUCAAGGUAGUCAAGACAUGGAUUCAUGUCUGAAUUACAUCAGAGAUCAGUUUGCCAACAACAAACCCAAAAACAAACAAAUGUACUGGCACAACUGCUGUGCCAUCAACGUGCCCAUGAUGAAAGAACUUCUGGGAUGUGUUGUCGACCUGAUUAUUGAUAUUAACAUUAGGAAGUCUAGCCACAUUUAA